UUACUGCUUCUUUGGGUGCAACUUAAUUUGGUAUCGCUUGUUUUUGGUGCACACGUAAUGUACGAACAGUUUCGGCAGAUCAACGGCACUGAAUUCGUAGAUGCCCAAUCGGUGAGGAUUAGGAAACUUAAUCGCACCACCACGGCCAUGAACGGUACGGUCACUGUAAAGAGGCCUCUGGACAACAGUUUUACGGUUGCCAUGCAUCUGUUUCACAGCCCCUUGGGCAAUAAUCAAUUCAACUACUACCCUAUGAAGAUACCAACCAUAGGGGUGUGCGAUUUCAUGCGAAAGGUGUAUCCAACGUACUACCCCCAUUUUAAAAAAGCCGUGCUCAACUUGCCACCGACAUCGGACUGUCCCAUACAACCGAGGGUGGUAUACAUCCGUGAUUACGUAGUGUCGGAAUCGCUUGUACCGGAACUGCUUCGUUUCGUUCCGAAAGGGCUGUGGCUCGUGAGAUUGACGGGAAAACGCAAUGGCGAGAUCCUUGGCAUCACCGAAACCAUGUCCAAAGUGUACUCCAAUUACGAUUGGUAGAGGAAAAAUGCGUUUUAUGGAUUGUUUGAGCUUUUUAGGGUAUAGUGUGUUGUGGAUUUGACAAUCAUUGUUUCAAAUUGCAUUUGAGCACGUCCAGGACUUAAAACUAUUAAAAAAUAUUAAAAAAUUAAACUUAAAUACAAAGAAAGAGCUUUAUGGUCCACAUAAAACGUUAUAAAUAACGGAGCACCGACAGUUUUUACCAUUCUUACGCAACAUACUGUAUAAAAGUUCUACUAUAAAAUGUGAAAUGCUUUCAUAAUCGAGCAAUCUAAAGAAAACUAGGAUUUUUUAAAUUUUAAGUGUAGAGAAAAAAUACAAAAAGAUUUCAUAAACAUUCACCCACAUAUUUGAUAAAAACUCAAUCUAAAACUGGAUGAUUUAUUUCGUCAUAUGCGCUAAUUCCCAUCACAUCAGAUUGAAAAUAGCCAAUCAACUCAGAUAUUCCGAUUAACUUUUGCCAAUGCCUCAUUAGAUGGAAGCAAAAAGAUGUAUGUCGAGUCAAAUACAAGACACUGAAGACGACCUUACAGUUGAGGUCGAAAUACGUAUCUGUCAAAGGAUGCAAAUUCUUAGUGGAAUUCAAAGGAACAGUACUUACUUAAAAACAUGUAGCCUAUCGAUAACCAGCCUCUUUGGCACUAAAAAUCGAAUAAUUGUGCAAAAUUCCACGUUCCAAUGUUCUGUUUUUGCCAAGGGGUUGCCCCGCACCAAAGCAGCAGCUAGAGGAUUUGUUCUUCAUCACCGUUCAAUUUUCACUUCGCCAGGCUCACUUGUCGAAACAACCUUCAAUUCACACCCACGAAAGAUCAGUGGCACUUCAAAGUUUGAUUUCACUGCUGCAGAAUGCAGGAAAAGCUGUUCAAUUAAUCUAAUCAAUCGCUGUUUCAAGUCCGUAAAAUGUUUGUUUACAAUUGUCAUCGCUUGAGGAGGAUGCAAGCAAAUCUGUGCGUGGAUUUUCUGCAUACGAAGCAUCGCAUUUCACAACCACAGAGAAAGAUUUCUUCGUUGUACUGUGAUGCCCCCUCCUUUAUCUCGCUCUUUCUUGUGUUUAUCAAAGAGAAUGAGCGAGAAGAAACAAAAAUCUGUGCACGCUAGCGAACACUUUUUGUGCACAUGUAUGUCAAAGCGGGAGAGGAAAUUAUGUUUAACUGUUAUGAGCUUCGGGCACAGUCUCCCAAUCACUUAUUGGUAUGACCUAGGGGCAAAACACUGCACAGUGGAAAAAAAAAACAGUGCAAACCGACACUAAAUUCUGUAUCUCACGAACGCAUCCAGUUUUUCUAAUAAACAAAACGGUUUUAGGCGUAAAAUUGUCUGGAGAACCGAAUGAAAGUGAUUAAACAGACCGCACGGAUCAUUAUUCCUCCCAUUUUGCCCUGAUUCCCCAGUUUUUAUUGACUUUUAUAUGAAACUAGUUCUAAAACACUUAUAAAACAUGAAUGCGGUUUGCCUUGAACGACUUUUCAGAAGGAUUAAUAUGCAGAGAAUCGAUUGGAAGUGAUUGUAGUGACCGCAUGAAUGUAUUUAUGCUUAUUUAACCCUAAUUCCCCUCACAUAUGAGGUUUUGUAUGAAAUAAGCUCUAUAACUCACCAGAAACAUAUGAGUGGUAUGUAUUAUAAUUCGCUAAAGAAACCCUUCUUAGCAAACCACUCAUACUUUCAUGGUGAGUGUUGGAGCUAAUUUCAUACAAAACUCAAUUAGGGUAAAAUGAGCAAAAUUACAUUCACGCGGUCACUGCAAUCAUUUUUAAUCGCAAAGAAAGCCCUUUCUAUUAAUAACCGUGGUAGUGCACAAAGAACACUGAGUUGAAGCGUGGCAGGCCAAGUCCCAAUGCGGACGUAGAGUCAUAACAAAGAAGAAGAAGUAGAAGAUACUCCUCCAUUUAUACAUCAAUAAUGUUUUUCUUAUAAUUGCCCGAAAACAUUAGUCUGUGGAAUUCCAACAUCUAUGAAAGAGUUGUUCAAUUUGUCAAAACAAACAACUUUCCCGAAGAAACCUGAUCUCCAUAUAGCGUCACAAUAAAAAUUCAGACGCUUGAACCACCUUCACUAUUACAAAAGAUCUAUCUCAAAAACACCUAAAUACUUCGAUUUAGUGAACCCUCCAUUAUGUAGACCCUCGAUCUUAUGUACUUCGAUUUUGUGUACAUUUUACCUCGUUUUUACGGACAUUUUUCAAAGGUAAAAUUUUUAAUAUUCAUUAAGUUUGAAACUUGCAGUUUGUAGUAUGAUGACUUAUACCACAGGGGUUUCAACUUUCUGACACGCGGAGCACUCCAUAUCGCUAAGGAAAUUUUAGAAGGAAUUUUAAAAAGUUUGAAGAAGAUUCUUAGUGAAUUCCUGAAAGUAUUUCUGAAAAAAAAAAAACAGGAAUGUUUUAGGAAUACGUAGAUGGAUUUUCUGGAGAAAUCCCAGAACGAAUAUCUGGAGAUAAUUCGGGAGAUAUUUCUGAGAAAAUACACAGAGGAAUACACGGCAGAAUUACUAAUGAAAUCUUUGAGUGAAUUUCUGCACGAAUCUCUGCAAGAAUGUCUUCCAGCCUUUCCAUAAAAAUCCUUACAAGAACCUCUGUAGAAAAAUUUCUGAAGGAGGAUCGCCUAAGACUUUCUUUAGAAAUCCUUGGAGCAAUUUCUCGAGUAGAAAUAUCUCAAAUGAAUACCUUUAGAAAAGGGAAGAAAUCUUCGGAAUUUCUGUAAUAAUCUCUUGUAGAAUUUCCAAAACAAUCCUUAGAGAAAAUUCUUUAGAAAGCUUCUGAGAAAAUUUUGAAGGAGUUUUAAGUUUCUGAUUCUCAAUGUAUCCGUAAAUUGUUUUCUAAAGAAAUCCAUGAAAUAUUUUUCAGAAACUUUAUGGAAGGUUUUCUAGAUGAAUGAUUUGAAAAAAAAUCUGGAGGAAUCUCCAUGAAAAAAAAAAACUGAAGAAAUUCGAUGAUGCAUCUAUGCAAGAUUUCUUGAAAGGAAUUCUUGAAGUAUUUUCUAAAGGAAUCCAUGCAAUAUAUUUGGAAGCUAUCCGUGCAAGACCGAUUUUUAGAGAUCACAGUCUUUGACACCUUUUCGUCGAUAUUCGGCUACCUUUAAUUCUAACAUUUGAAAUACAAGCAAUCAAACUACUGUAGGUACGAAACAAGAAUGUCAAAUGAAUGCAUUGACCACGAUAGCGUCUUCGGAAGACGGUUCGGCUUUUGUUAUUCCUGUCUUUUUCCAUAAUGGGAGCUGUUUUGGCCAUAUGUGUGUCGUAUUCAAUUGUUGAGUUGUAAGAGUAAGAAUAAACUAAUACAGGUUGAACUCGAUUAUCCGGAAUCGGAUUCUAAAGCUUCCCAAACAUGUAUCUUGGUAACAGCAUGUUGAACGAAGCUGAUUUUUUUUCAAUUUGUUAGGCCAACUUUGAUCAACAUUCAGUCGAAAUCUCAGCUUUCUACAGCAUUCCGUUUUUCAGAUAUAAAUUUGGGAAGCUUCAGAACCCGGCUCCGGAUAAUCGAGUCCGACCUGCAUUCAUAAUCGGAAUUGGCUGAAAUGUAUGCGAAAAGCUAGAAUUAGAUAAAUGUCAUCGUGUCAGUUGACAUUGAUUUGACCCUUUGUUAUUUUUAUUGAUCUUUGAACAGAUAUUGUCAAUCCAACAAACCAUUUUCUAGUCAAAAUUUUUUGAAGAAAAAAAUUUCAUACGCCAUUUUGAAAGUUAGGUGAGAAAAAAUGGUUAUGUGUUGAUGCAAAAGUAAAUGAUUCACGCAACGCAAUCCAAUAUAAAUGGCCAACUAUUUCGUGUAGUGGGUUGGAAAUGCUCUAUUCAAGUCGUGUUUAUAAUUAAAUUUGCAUUGUAGUUGAUCCUUAUGUGAGGUAUGCACUUCAAACGGAAUCGCUCGAGUAAUUUUCGUUCAGUGCAUUAUUUUUCCGUGACCGGAAUGGUCAAGAAAUUUAACACAGCAAGCCCCAUUCGAUUUUACGUUUCGUUUCAGCUACGUACUAGGAUCCGGAAUAAAGCGACGCUUUAUUAUUUCUUGAGCGAUUCCUUGCCUGAAUUUUCCACGCAUCGAGAUAGGCCAAGCAAUUUCUUGUGAUCAGCGUACUAGCCAUUACAUAAGCAAUUGACUGGCCCAAAUGUCGAAAAAUUCCACGGGGCACCCUCUAGAAUCGUGCCUUUGGAGGAGAAGAGCAUCCUGUGAAAAUUUCAGCUCAAUUGGUUUAAAACUGAGCUGGCGCAAAUGAGUUGGGAUCUUCAGUCCAAAUCAGUGAAGAGAAUUGUCAGACAAAAGAGGCACAAAACAAGCAACAAAGAAGGUGCGACGAUUACUCUUUAUCCCACGUAUGUGGCAGCCCUAAUCCUACCUAAUGCAUCUGACAGGAGCCAACAUCUAUCGUGUAUCCACAAUGGAAUCCUUUGUGGAUACACAAAUGUUUACAUACAACAUGUUGGAUUCUUAAAGAUGGCGUCCUAGCACCCUGGUGCUUUAUCCCUACUGGUAACAGAUAAUGACAUGAUCUCGAAAUUUUUUGUUGCAGACAAAACGGAAGCUGAAUUUGUUGCGUACUUUUCAACUCGUAAAUAAUCAAUUAUUGCUAACCCAAAGUCGAAACUGUUUGAUGAUAGAGCUUCACCAGAGUUGCAGUGUUUACCGACUCGAAGUUAUCGUUCGAAAAUCACAAUGCAAGGCUUAAAAAUCUCUAAACUCGUGGUGUACGAUGUUAAUCCCAUUAUUUUCAAGUUGGGACAAACUUAUGUCGCAUGGGUUUGUUUGUCGCAACAAAUACAGGUUGCGACAUUGUCAUUAUUGUUGCGCGAUGGUUGAAUUUUGAUUCACUGGUCCAAAUAUAUGAGAAAUUGGGUGACCUCCAGUCUCUCAUUUAGCACGCUGGUCUAAAGAGUUUUAUAUGGCUCAUAAUUGAAAAAAUAGUAGUUGAUACCCUAAGGAACAACUUUGUAGAAGGCCAUAUAAUGAUAAAACUUAAGUUAGUUGCGGUUUCACUCUCGGUUGUUACAUGCAGCACGUUUUACUGUUCGAAACUUGCGCGCUACACCAUAGGCGGGUAUGUUGUCCUUCAUUUCAAUUGCUCACGCACGUGGGCGGGUAUCGAGACAUUGAAGAAUUACAUAGCUGCCUAUGAUGUAACGCACAAGUUUCGAACGGCAAACAAGUGCUGCAUGUAACAACCGAGAAUAAACAGGGGCAGUUGUGCUUAUCCUGCUUUCGUUAGCUGAAACCGUGUUAUCAUUAUAUGGUCUUCUACAAAGUUGUUCCUUAGGGAAUCAACAAUUAUUAUUUUUUCCAAACUCUUCAAACCAGCGUGCUGAAUGUGAGACUGGAGGUCAUUCAAUUUCCAAUAUAUUUGGACUGAAGAUCCCAUACAAACUUUCAACUCAUUUGCGCCAGCUCAGGUUUAAAACGAUUGAGCUGAAAUUUUCACAGAUUGAUCUUCUCAUCCAAAGGCACGAUUCUAGAGGGUGCCCCGUGGAUUUUGGCAACUUUUGUUCCUCGCCAUACAAAUGUGGGCCGGUCUAAUAAGCAUGAUAUUUUUCCGUCAUUCAAACAAAUAAACAAAACAAAAUGUAUCUUCACAUUUUGGUAAAUAAAUUUCGGUGUUGCAUUACCACCAUUGAAGGCUUUUGUUAUAGAAUUAUAAAUUUGUCGGCAUCUAUCUUGUUUAUAUUUUUAGGCAUAAUUUGAGAUUAGGCUAGAGUUUAUGUAGUCUGCUUGAAGUGGAGGACAUUCGAAUACAUUUCCCUUGUAGUUCCGGCUUUAAACCACCACACGGAGAGACGAAAAUACCCAAAAGUGAGUUCUUUCCACCCAACUUCGGGGUUGCGUGUCAAUUUCAAGUUUUUUUCACCCAACUGAAAUUUUGACUAGGUUGUAUUCACUCAAAUUUGAGUACCGUGCUAGAAACUCAAUGUUGGGUUGACGCACUCAACUGCAAAAGUUGGGUUGUUUCCCCGAGCAAAGUCUGAUAGCAAAUUGAAAACUAAUUUUGAUGUUGUGAUAUUGCAAAUUUUGAUAACUCAGGUUGUUGUCGUUUUGGUCGUUUUAACGGUUAAAACAUCAAAAAUGAGAGCAGAAAAAUGUUCCUGUGACAGCAAAUUGAAAACCAUUCCUGCUAUCGAUGAUAGCAAAUUGAUAACCGUUUUUGUUAUCAGCGCAAGAAAAAUGAAAAAUCAUUAAAUGUAGAGUUUUUCGGUUGAUAUCAAAUCCUAAAUGCAAAAAUACAAUUGCACUAAUGAUGUAUCCCUCGAAUUACUUCACAUAGAUAACUAAAAGAUUUAAAAACUAUUGUAACACUAAAUAUUUACAUUAAUUCAAAAUGACAGCAAACCGAAAGCAAAAUUUGAAAUCAAAUUCAGCAAAUAUAAAAUGAUAUCAAAAUGUGAUAUCAAUUUGUUGCUGAAUACAAAUCAUGUUUUCGAUUUGCUGUAAUUUAAUUGUUGAGCUUUGCUCGGGUCUCUCUUCACUCUCUGACAACAAUAGAAAGAGCGUAUGAAAAGGUAGAUGAAAAAGAACUCAAAAUUGAGUUUAAAAGUACCUAAUUUUGAGUUUUUCAGUUUUUCCGUGUAGGUGAGAACCGAAAGAGUCCGGAACAACGACGCAAUUAGCAUGAAUCUUUAUCGUGAUCCUGACGGCGACGACGCCAGCCAGACAGCGAACUACGGACCCUGCACGAAUGAUCAUGUACUGCCUAGUAGCUAUGUGAGCCCCCUAGUGAAGGUUGAAGCGCGAUCCGAUGGCGCUGUCUAUGGAUGCUGUGAGCCACGAGCUCGCGCGACUAUUGACAUAUGCGCGCGUCCGAAGGUUUCGAGCUGGCGCCAUCCUCAGGUAUUUCACACCACUACCGGAGUACCGGCUGCUGGCUGCCCGAUGGUGCUGAGUUGAGUAAUACUGAUAGGAUUUGGCGAUGCAGCCAGCGCGGCCCGGUAACAUUGACCAUCGUAGAGUAUCAAGAACGGAAAGUCACUGCCGAGCGCCGAAGCGAAACGAAAGUGAAAUUUUAUGGACCUCCCUCGUGUGUGAUAUGCAGGGGACGGACCGAUCAACGACGACUGCGACGACGACGACGACACGGUAAGACGAUUAACGUGCCUGCCUGGACGACGCGGCCUUGAAGGACGUUCGAAAAGUUGACUGGACCAACCGGAGGCCGAAUAAAGGCAAAUCGAUGAGGUUGUCGUUGUUGUUAUUCAGGCAUGCAGGCAGAUCUGUGACAUGAAAGGCGAAAGGAAGAUGGGGUAAUUCAUGGCUACGAGCGGAGUUUAACUCAAGGUCAUUGGCAGCGUACUUUAAUGUUUUCUCCGCGACGUUUCGGUAUUCGAUUUAUGUACUUACAUACAUACAAAGGGAAUUAUGAUCUUUUUACUUUUUUUCAUGUAUAAUGUAUUUCAAAUAGUUGUAAAAGUCUUCAUUUGAGAAUACUUUUUAGGAAUUGCAGUUUUGAUGCAAAAACAUAAGGUCGAUGAACUUUUCCCAGACAAUCAGGAGUCGCAUAAGAAAUCACGCUGUACAUCGUAUAAAGUACUAUUGUAAGUCACUAUCGCAUAUAUGUACGGCUGACUGACAAUUUUCAUUGCAUAUGAUGUUAUUUUUUGAACUUAUUACGGUGUAUUAGGUGAAGUCAUAUAAGAAUACAAAUAAACUUUUAUAAGGGAUGAGUACAUCGUAGUAGAUGAUAUUCUGAUGUUUUAUUGCGAUGAACUUUACUUAUUCGCAAAAGCGUGCAAGCGAACUCGCAAAGUGUCAAAUGAAUUCGCAUAAUUGCGUACUGCGAUGCUUAUACGACUUCGCUUGGUACUUUUCUUAUUGUAUCAGUUUACCUCGCAUUUGGGUAUGGAUGAAAUCUCAUAAAAGUACAAAUUAACUCGUUAAAAUGGGCAUACAAACUCGCAUAAACUAGAAGUGUUUAUGUUGACAUAAUGCGAUUUGAUAUGUGAUAACAGUUAAAGAGAUUCGGUUAGACUGUGGAUGCAGUGCCCAAGCCAUAAUUAUGGUUACAAAGUCAUCAUUAUUUGUUUUGUUGGCCUGAUAAUCAAAAAUGGGAGACGCUAGACAGAGAGGGGCAGUGAAAACUGUGCGGGAAAUGGUGUUUCGCCUGCCAAACACGUACAGCGCAAGUGAACCAAGUGCAUUCCAACAAACACUGAGGUGAGUUAGAAUAUCAUGAUAAAUAAUCAGCUUGUUUCAUUUAGCGUUUGGUGUUGUGUGUGAAGUGUGGCUCGACCAUCCAGAGGUCAUUAGUUCGGUAUCGAGAUGACAAGAAUUGUGUGUGUUUUUUAAAUAUUAUUUUUUUUUAUCUGUAUUAACGAGAUUUUUAGCCCUAGGCUAGUUCAUCUCGGGACCCACGCUUUACUUCCCUUCCGAAGGAAGAACUCACAUUUUGUGAGUUUGUCGGGAGUGGGAUUCGAUCCCAGGUCCUCGGCGUGAUAGUCAAGUGUUCUAACCAUUACACCAGGUCCGCUCGUUUGAAUAUUAUUGUCGUUGCGAUUGAAACCCGAAGUUUCCCCACACCCGACAAUCGAAUUUCCUCAAAAUCCAUACGUGAAACCUAACGUCGGACGUAGUGCGCUGGACAGCGGACCUAGCCCUCUAUCCAGCGCACUGUGCCCGACGUACACACACGGUUUAGGAGAAACACCGAUUUUCGUGUGUCAAAAAUUCCGAUUUUCAACUGCACGAACAAUAUUAAGUCUAUCUUAUGCGACUGAAUUACAUCGUUAUAGUGCACACGAUGCUUCGCAUAAGAUAUCGCUUCAAGUCAUUUUUUUUUUUUUUUUACUUAUUCGUUUAUUUGGAAGGCUCGGGCGCCACAUGAGCAUAACUGAGCCGAAGUCUUUUGUUUUUUGUUUUUUUACAAUGAUUUUACAUUUUACAAUUUAUUACUGCCUUAAGCUAUGUUAGUUUGGGAAGCCGAAGUACUCGCGGCUGUUUCGAGGUUAAGGAUUGGGGAAAAAAAAUUGGGAAGGAGGGAUUUAUGGGUUUAAAACUAAAUUAUUUGCUAACUUAUGCUAAAACAUUGAUGGGACAAAUUGUUCAUAUCUGUAACGGAACCAAAAAGAAAGGACUUUAUCGGUAGAAAACGACAAGAAGAGGACAAACGGAAGGGGGGUGACGACAGACAAGGGCGAACAACAAAACCAAAAGGCGGACAACGAAAACAAGGAACGUACUACAUCAAACUCUGACAUCAACACGUUUCAAAAACUGGUAAAUCAGGUUCAUGUAUUCCAAAUCAAGUCCUGCCAACACUUCUCUAACGGGUUUCUGUUGUUUUCCUCGGACCCGGAGAAUUUCAUGCAGCUCAGAUCUGACCUCACGAUACUCAUUGCAUCCCCACACGACAUGUUCGAUAUCCUGGUAAGCUACGCUACAGACACAGAGAUUGCUUUCUGAGAGCCCAAUACGGAAGGUAUGUGCAUUCAACAAAUAGUGGUUGGACAUCAGCCGACACAUUACACGAAUGAAAUCGCGGCCUAAAUCCAACCCUUUGAACCAUGGCUUCUUCGACACCUGUGGAAUGAUGGAGUGCAACCAUCUACCCAUCUCUCCAUCUCUCCAUUUGUGUUGCCAGCU